AUGGACCUGACGGUUAGCAUUAGACAUGAAGAUGCAACGAAGUUGGCAGCAGAUAUCCGAAUGACCAGCCGUGUGUUCGGGUUUGGUGCGCUGAGCCGGCACAAGCGCGCAUUUGUAUAUACCCUCCACCUCGCAGGCACGUUCUGCUGGUUCAAGAUAUUCAAUGAACAUUUCUACGAGCUCAAGGCCUCGGAUGGCCCAUCUAUGUAUCCAACCAUUCACUUUCAGGGGGACUGGCUAUUGAUAUCAAAACACUACAAGAAUGGACGUGACAUUGGGCUUGGAGAUAUAAUUGUCUACAAGAAACCACAUGAUUUCCACUCCGAGGUUGCAAAGCGAGUUGUCGGAUUACCUGGGGAUUACGUAUUGAAGAACCCUCCAUUGAACGGGGAAACGGUUGUGGAGCACGAUGCACAGAUGAUACAGGUUCGUUGGAUCGACUAA